CAUAGAUUGCAUGACUUUGCAGAUCAGUUGCUUUCAGAAGUCGCAAUAGAGGGCAGGCCGCUGGAUUGUCCUUGUCAUAAAAAAAGCCAUGCUGCAAACGUAACAUACUCGACCUGGCGACCAUGCUCUUGCCACGAUCUUGCCACCUGUCGACCCUUUCCAACAAAUCGCAGUCAGUGCGUCUUUUCAACAACGGCCUUUCCGAUCCUAGAAUGUACUUCUUACGAUCGUGGAAAGAAACGGACCGAAGUAAUCUGAUAACGGAGGAAAAUGUAUCAGCGAAGGCUGUGUGGCAUUUCAGGCACCAGCGAAGCGAUAUUUGACAAUGGGCCAAAUUUCGCCUGGAUGUCGAGCAUUGGAAGGUCGGUUACAAAGCUGAUUGCGAAGGCUCAGGUAUACACCAGCCACACGAGGAUUCUAUGUGAUUAUUGCUUUUGUGCGAGUUCUGCGAUCCAGUCUCAUGGGAGAUGUUCUCGCUAGCUUUUCCGAACUAUGCUUAAAUUUUGUCAUCGUGCAGGUAUUUGUCAGUCUUCUUCUGGCACUGCCUGCCUGUCAGCCCCACCAUUCAGCGAAUUAGCUGAGUAGUCCUGGCACCGUUAUCGAAGUUCUUAAUGAGUCGAAUUUCUGGCUUCAUAUAUUGGAUUGAUCUGCCUUCGUUAAAAUGCUCAAUUCAGCCAAAUCAAUCUUUCCGCAAUCGCCCUCAGAUCCAACGAGGUGACCAAAAACUCUGUUCGACAGCCUUGUAUUCAGUUGACGCAGACAGCAAGAAUUGUGUAUUGACAGCUCUGCUUCUCAAUGUUGCCGUUACCAUGGGAGACCACGUCUGGGGAGCCUCAAAGAACCCAGCGACCACACAGGAAAAGCAGACUUGGCUGUAAGGUGUGCAAGGCACGGAAAAUAAAGUGUGAUGAAAGUAGACCCGUUUGUGGGCAGUGCGUCAAGAGAUUUCCAAAUCCAGGAGAAGAAUGCGAAUUUGAGGUUCUCUCCCCACCUCUAGCACGAACACCUUCUUCAGCCGUAUCUCCAGCAUCAAUAAACGAUUCAAUUGCCAGCUUCCAAUCCCAAAAUACUUCAAGAGCUAUGGAAUUGAGACUCUUUCAUCACUACUCAACGUCUACCUGUCACGCGAUGCCCUUGGCCGAAGAAGAAGCCGGACGAGAGAUGUGGGUAGUGGAGAUCCCAAUCGUUGCUUUCGAUCAUCCAUACGUUUACUCCGCUGUACUUGCACUCGCUGCUCUCCAUCUCCUGACAGACAACCCAAAUGACGUCUCAUUGCAGACAGCUACGUUUCAGUACAUCGACGAGUCAUUAUCGGGCUACAGAAACGAGCUGUCGAAUAUCAACGGCGACAAUGCACUUGCAGUCUUCACAUCAUCCAUUCUUCUCGGACUGAAUGCCCGACUCAGACACCGAUGCUUGGGAAAUAACCCACCACCCUAUACUUUGCCGCUUGAAUUUCUGCAUCUGCAAAGAGGGACCAAGGAGAUAUUUUAUCGCACCUAUCAGGUCAUUGUGGGGUCUAGCGCCAAGAAGUGGGUUGAUAUAAGACCCGAAUUGAGAGGUGAAUCAAUACCCAGACCCAUCGAAACAUCUGCCCCACACGUAAACUCUCAUGGAAUAGAGUUCCCUUCCGACAAACUUCUCUUAUGCUGGGACUCAUCGAUUUCACUUUCAAUUCCAGCUGAGAAAAAAGCUAUGUUUGACGCCACUUUGGAAUACCUUGCUGGGCUCAAGGACGGCAUUGGAUAUCACGAGGAGAUGCGCUGGAUACAGCGCCGUCUCACCUGGCUUACGCAUGGAAUCUCAAGAGAUUUUGUGGGAUAUCUGGAGGAAUGCGACCCGCUGGCAAUUGCCAUUUUGUCUAGAUUUUACGCCUUGUUUAAAUAUGUAGACGAGUCUUGGUGGCUCGAGGGGUCUGCUGAGUUUGAGGUCUUGGGAAUGGCAAAUUUGGUAGGAGAUGAGUGGAAGUGGGCGAUGAAGUGGCCAUUGGAAGUGUUGAAGACUGCCGUGAGGGUUGGUCUUGAAAAUAUGGAACUGUGAUAAUCGGUGUUGGAGAUGCGGAAGACGUACCAGAGGUAGAGAUGAGCACACUCUCUACUGUAAAGGUAUUUUAAGAAAGCUGUUCGAGUGGCAUUCAAUCAAUAGACAUAAUACAAGUUGGUAGUCGUAAGAUUAGCACAGAAAUAGAAUAGAAAUAAAAAUAGAGAUAGAGAUAGAAACAUAGAUUAACAAGCCAAAAUUGCUC